CUAAAAUAGCUUCACUGACUUCUCACCACAGUCGUCUUCAACCACCUUACUCCUCCAUCGCAGCCUCGAGCCUUCGUUACAGCGGCUUCUCGCCUCUUCUCUCUCAUGCGCUAAACGCCGGAACUUCACCCAUGCCUCGCUCUCUGAUUGGAUAUUUGGUUCCACUGAAUCAAAAUCUUGAAGAAGAAGCUUCGCUUUCUAAGCUGCCGCUCACUCAAGGCCCUAAUUUCAUCGGCCGGAACAAUGUUUCUGUGCCUGACAAGCGGCUCAGCCGCAAGCACAUUGCUUUGACCGCCUCUCCUGAUGGCUCCGCCAAUCUACUCGUGCAAGGAACAAAUCCGGUGAUCCUUAGGUCCGGUGACCAGAGAAGAAAGCUCUCAUCUUCUGAAAAUGCGGCGAUCACUAAUGGUGAUAUUAUAGAGUUCAUUCCAGGAUAUCAUUUUUUUAAAUAUGUAACUUCUGCUGGUGGCGUCAAGAGAAGUUCUAAUGAAGUUAACGACUUGCGUAAAAGUGAAGAAGAUAAGCAAAAGAGAUCACGACAUCAAGAUUCUGAAGAACAGGUGAACUCAACGAACAAGUCUAAGGAAAAGAGGAAAGAAAAUGACACAGUUAAAUGUGUUGAGACCAUUCGGGAUUUUCACGUUUCGCGUGAUAAAUUACCACUGGCGUUUAGGCUCUUGCAAGUUCAAGGGUUGCCAGCAUGGGCAAAUACUAACUGUGUUUCUAUAGGGGAUGUGAUUCAGGGGGAUAUUCUUGUUGCUGUCCUCUCCAAUUACAUGGUAGACAUCGACUGGUUGAUGUCAUCAUGUCCAAAACUUGGGAAAAUUCCACAUGUAUUGGUUCUUCAUGGGGAAGGUGAUGGUAGAACAGAGCUUAUGAAGAGAAGCAAGCCUUCACAUUGGAUUUUGCACAUUCCCCCGUUACCCAUUUUGUUUGGGACACACCAUUCCAAGGCAAUGAUUCUUGUCUACCCUCGAGGAGUGAGAAUUAUCGUACAUACAGCAAACUUGAUAUACGUUGACUGGAAUAAUAAAAGUCAAGGUUUAUGGAUGCAAGAUUUCCCCUGGAAGGAUGAAAAUAACAUGAAGAAAGGAUGUGGAUUUGAAAAUGACUUGAUUGACUAUCUUGGCGCAUUGAAGUGGCCUGAAUUCACUGCUAAUUUACCAUCUUUGGGAAACAUCAAAAUCAACCCAUCCUUUUUUAGGAAGUUUGAUUAUAGCGGUGCUGCGGUCCGACUGGUUGCAUCUGUCCCUGGAUAUCAUACAGGGUCCAAUUUGAAAAAGUGGGGACAUAUGAAGCUACGCAGUGUUCUCCAGGAGUGUGUUUUUGAUAAAGAAUUUGAGAGAGCUCCUCUUAUUUAUCAGUUCUCCUCCCUUGGCUCAUUGGAUGAGAAGUGGAUGGCUGAGUUAGCAUUAUCAAUGUCAUCAGGUCAGACAGAAGAUAAAGAACCUCUCGGUCUUGGAGAGCCACUGAUAAUUUGGCCCACUGUGGAAGAUGUCAGAUGCUCUUUAGAGGGUUAUGCAGCUGGAAAUGCAAUACCAAGUCCUCUUAAGAAUGUGGAGAAAAAGUUCUUGAAGAAGUAUUGGGCAAAAUGGAAGGCAAGCCACACUGGCCGCUGCCGUGCAAUGCCACAUAUAAAGACGUUCACCCGCUAUAAUGGUCAGAAAUUAGCUUGGUUCUUGUUAACUUCAGCAAAUCUAAGCAAAGCUGCCUGGGGAGCACUCCAGAAGAACAAUUCUCAGUUGAUGAUUAGAUCCUAUGAGUUGGGAGUGUUAUUUUUACCAUCCCAUAUCAAACAGCAGGGUCGAGAAUUUUCUUGUACAGACAAUGGAGGUCCGUCCAAGGGCAAGUGUGUGUCAACAGAAACUUCAGAUGCAAUGAGAACAAAACUAGUUACCCUAACUUGGCAAUGGAGCAAGACAUCUGAAGUAAUCACAUUGCCUGUACCUUAUGAGCUCCCUCCUGAGCCAUACUCCUCUGAAGAUGAGCCCUGGUCCUGGGACAAAACAUACCAUAAGAAGGAUGUUUACGGUCAAGUCCGGCCAUGACAAGUUCAAUUAUAUACUGUCCAAGAUUCAUGAGUGUGUGUGCAACCAUGCAUCCCUCAAUCCUGUAUAUUUAUUUGUUUUCUCGUAAUUGUCUAUUAAGUUCGUUGUCAUUGCUACGAAUGUAAUUGCCUCUGGAAAUCAUAGAUUUUCUCUCUAACCUUUAAAAUUUUCUUUGAUCUAGUCUCUCAUUCGGUGACCAUGAUCUGUGCAUGGGAAAGUCAUUCAAACACUAGGAUUUUGUGGUAAGAAAAUAUUGUGAGCGAAUCAGGUUGUGCAUACGGUGGAUUGAUGAGUUUUGCAUUUUUUUAGUUUACAAAAUUGAUAUAGUUAUAAUAUAAUGUCAUUAUAAAU